AUGUUGAACUCCAGGAGCCUGGCGGAGCUGAGCCUGGACGAGUUCUUGGCCGGCGGGGCCGGGAAGAAGGGAAAGGCCUCUGAACAUAAAGAUCAGCUCUCCCGGCUGAAGGACAAAGAUCCUGAGUUUUAUAAGUUUCUGGAGGAGAACGAUCGUACGUUGCUGAAUUUUGAUGCUUCAGACAGUUCUGAUGAGGAGGAGAAGUUUCAUAUACCACCUGAGACACUGGAGGAAGCAAGUGAUGAAGAUGAGGAGGAAGAAGAAGAAGAUAAAAAAGUCAAACGGAAGAGAGCUUCCUUCAUCCCUGUGAGCUUGAAAAUGGUUGAAGAAUGGAAGAAAGCUGCAGAGAGAAACCUGACUCCAAAGCUUUUCCAUGAAAUCACUCAAGCCUUUAAAGCAGCUGUAGCAACCACCAAAGGAGACAGUGGUGGAACUGAUCCCAGCAAGUUUCAAGUCACUGAUGCUGCAGUGUUCAAUGCCCUUGUGUCCUUCUGCAUCCGGGACCUCUUCCACUGCCUGCAGAAGCUGCUUCUCCUGAAAACCCCAAAGAACAAACUCAAAAUGGUCCUCCCUUCCACCAGCCCACUUUGGAGCAAGCUACGACAGGACAUAAAAGUGUACCUCAGCUCUACCAUACAACUCCUGUCUUGUCUAACAGAAGCCUCAGUUGGUGCUGCAGUCCUUCAGCAUGUCAUUUCCACAGUCCCUUACUAUUUGUCCUUCCCCAAGCAGUGCCGUGCACUCCUCAAGCAAGCAAUUAAUUUAUGGAGCACAGGUGAGGAGACAGUGAGAGUGCUGGCCUUCCUAGUGCUGAACAAGAUCUGCCGUCACAAGAAGGAGGCAUAUCUGAGUCCCCUGCUCAAGCAAAUGUACAUUGCCUUUGUGAAGAACUCCAGGUUCACCUCCCCCAACGUCCUGCCCAUGAUCAGCUUCAUGCAGCGCACGCUGACAGAGAUGUACGCCCUGGACACACACACCUCCUACCAACAUGCCUUCAUCUACAUCCGCCAACUGGCCAUCCACCUGCGCAGUGCCAUGACCAUAAAGAAGAGGGAGAACUUCCAGUCUGUUUAUAACUGGCAGUAUAUCCACUGCCUGUAUUUCUGGUGUCGGGUUCUCAGCACAAUCUAUCCUAGUGAGGUCAUGGAGCCAUUGAUCUAUCCUUUGACCCAGGUGAUCAUUGGCUGUAUAAAGCUGGUACCAACAUCUCGUUUCUACCCUCUGCGCAUGCACUGCAUCCGUGCCCUUACACUGCUGUCUGAGAACACCAGGACCUUCAUCCCAGUGUUGCCCUUUAUCCUGGAGAUUUUCCAACAAGUGGAUUUCAACAAGAAGCCAGGACGUAUGAGUGCUAAACCCAUCAACUUUGCAGUGAUCCUGAAGCUUUCCAAUUCCAACCUGCAGGAGAAGGCCUUCCGAGAUGGACUCAUUGAACAGCUCUAUGAUCUGAUGCUUGAGUAUCUGCAUUGCCAAGCCUGCAGCAUUGGAUUCCCAGAGUUGGUUCUUCCCACUGUCAUUCAGCUAAAAUCUUUCCUGAAGGAAUGCAAGAUUGCCAACUACUGCAAGCCCAUCCGGCAGCUCCUGGAGAAACUGCAGGAGAAUUCUGCCUACAUUUCCAGCAGGCGUCAGAAAGCUACCUUUGGGGUGGCCAGCAGGGAGUCUGUGGAACAAUGGGAGAAGCAGCUCAAAGAGGAGGGGACACCUCUGACCAAGUAUUAUGCUCAGUGGAAGAAGCUGAGAGAGAAGGAGAUACAGCUGGAAAUCAGUGGCAAAGAAAGACUUGAAGAUCUGAACUUCCCAGAAAUUAAACGUAAGAAGCAAGAUGAAAGGAAGGAAGAAGACAAGAAGGAAUUCAAGGAACUCUUUGAGCUGGACAGUGAUUCUGAUGAGGAGAAUGUUGGAUUCCCUAUAAAAGGUAAAGGCAAAGCCAAGCGGGCGUCGGACGACAGCUCAGAAGCCAGCAGCAAGGAGUAUGGUGAGGAUGAUGAUGAUGAUGAAGAAGGAAAGUAUGAAAUCGAGGAGGAUGAGGAAGAAUUGGAAGAAGACAGCGACUCAGAGGAGGGAGGCCCGGAAGCCGCGCAGCUUUCCCAGGGGUCACAGAAGAAGAGGCCCUGUCUCCGUGGGCUGACACGUGCUGACCUGGACCAGCUCGCCCAAGGGGAGGAGGACGUUGUGGAGGACUUGACCUUCUCAGAUGAGGACUGA